GAGAUUCCACACUCAACACUAAAGCUGCAUCAAAAGGAGUAGGGAAAUUCGUAAAAGUGUGAAAUUAUACAUAAAAUUGAAGAGAAUUUGAUGCUCUAUAAGCUCAUAAUCAGCAUGGAUUUUUCCCGUCGAUUUUCAAAAAGUUAUAAGAGCAAAAAUAGAAAAAAAUUUGUGGUUUAAAGAAAUCAGUUCUUGAUAGAGUUGCUAGGAAAUUAUCUCCUUCCAAGAGAGCUGCUCCAAUGCAAACUGUUACGUUUGUUUCGAAAAUACCAUCUUCUUUCAAAUUUUCUUCCAAAACACUGCCUCCAACUAAAGUAUCUCCUAAAAAGGAGGUUAACAAGCCAUCAUCAUCAUCAUCAUCAUCUAAGAAAAGUGUCGAUCCUCAAGUAAAAGCUUCAAUAAAGAAACCUAAUUUCAGCAAAAGCUUUUCAUCCUCCAGAAAGGAAAGUAUGACAACCAAAACUUCUCCCAAAAAUACUUCUCUCAAUCGUAUUUCUGAGACCAAACAAUUGGCUCUUAGAAAGGCUUUUAGUAAUAUAAAGAUGAACCUUUCAUCUGCUAAAACUCCCGCUAAAAAUAUAAAUUUUUCUAUUAAGAAGAAUAAGCCUGUGAGAAUGUCAAUAAACAAUAAAAAGAUUUCCAAAAACAUGAGCAUGGAGGUAAAAUCGUCAUCGUCCAAAAAAACUCCACUUGCUCUCAAUAAAAGUAUGCCAGCAAAGAUAUCAUCAUCGUUGACUAAAACUAAACCUGCUCAAGCGAAAGCUACAAACCAAUGUGAAUCCAAUGCCAGAUCUGCUGACAAAUCUACUGUGAAAACUCCAGCAUCCAAAGGUAACAUGAAGGUUGAUCAAACAUCUUUCAUAAAAACGUCUAAUGGCAAAGUGAUUACUCAAGAGAAAAGUGGAACUCAAAAGAGAGAAAUGAGAUUAGAAGUAACGAAAAUGUCCUACUCUUCUGCGGUGAAACGUAAACCUGUAAACAAACAGCUUUUACCUAAAACUUCCAAGGCAGAUGAUCUAAAACCUGUGACCAUACCAAGAAACAUCAUGAUACAGGUGAAUAAAAAGCCAGCUUUCAGUAACAGACAUAUAAACUCUCCUGAUCCCAUAAUUAUUUCAAAACAAUCUCUGAAAUCUCUUGGAAAUAGAUCAGUUAAAAAAGACCUUAGAAAGCCUAUGAAAUCAAAUACUCCGAAACAGACUUUUAAGCCUUCUGCAAGACCCAACCUUGUUCCAUCCUCAGUGAGAACGCCAAGAGCAUCGGCUAGUAAAAUCCUUCCCCAAAAAAUCUCGAACAAAGUCAAUGAUGCGGUAAAAACUCCGAUGAUAUUGAAAUCGAAUGCUUCAACAUCAAAACUUGAAACUUCCAGAAGUAAGAGGAACUUAAAUGCUAAUAAAAGCAGUAUAGCAGAUGAUUCAAGUACUCCAUCUGUGGUAGGAAUAAAAUAUAUUUCGAUGAAAAAUGAAUCUCUACUAAAAUCUUCCAUGAAACAAGAACGUGGUCUGAUAUCUUGCAAGAAAGUGAACUUUGAUAUGUCUCAUUUGAAUCUGAAAUCAAGUCAAGCCGACAAAAAAUCGUCAAUAUCUUCAGACAUUCGCAAUGUGAAAGACACUUCUGUGAACUCAGAGGAACCUUCGAAAUGUUUCCUUGCUGCCUUGGAACUAUCAUGUGACAGUUUUAUGGAUGGGACCACUAUUAUUAGCUCACCUAUGAAGAGGACAAGGAGGAGCUCUGUCAAAUCGCAGCAUAUUCAUGCGUCAACUCCCAUCCAAUCAGCUCGACAGGUGGAUUGGCUGGUGAACACGCCUUCUUCAAGGAUGCUGAUGUUGCAUCCAAGCCAUUCGAAAAGCCCUGCUCCAGGAACCUCCAAGGCACUAGAUUUCAGUGCGAGUAACACCGUUUCGAACUCUUCCAAGUCCAAUGACACAACUCACAACCUUCCUUAUUGUGAAGUCUAUCUCACUCCUCACAUCAGUACCGACACAUUGAACAUAUCUGUUGAGAAUUUCGUUUCUCCGCUCACACAGGGUGCUCUCGGACUCAAUCUGAAAAAUGCUUCAAGAUUGUCAUCCAGUCAAACAAGAAAAUCGGUAACCAAACCAGUAAGUGAUUCGCUUGAGGUUUUUAAUUCUACAUCGAAUAGUACAAGACAAUCUCUGAAUAGAUCACAAACACGAUCUGCUGCAAAGGCAUCAUAUCCAACCAAAAGCCCUAAAAACAAUCUGCAAGAUGUUAGUGGAGUAAAACAAAUUUUUACCCGAAAAAGUCCAGGGAAUGACUUGAGAAAAAACUUGAGUGGCGUAAAAAGAUUACUUUCUUCUGAACAGAAUAGUCCGAAGAAUGACCUACGAGAUGUCAGAGGCGUAAAGAAAUUGCUAUCAACACCAAAAAUACAAAAAAGUCCCAAUAAUGAUCUGCGAGAUGUCAGGGGAGUGAAGAAACUGUUAUCACCCCCGAAAGCACAAAAAAGUCCUAAGAAUGAUCUCCGAGAUGUUAGGGGAGUAAAGAAAAUGUUAUCAUCUCCAAAAGCACAAAAAAGUCCCAAGAAUGAUCUCCGAGAUGUCAGGGGAGUGAAGAAAUUGUUAUCUCCAAAAGUACAAAAAAGUCCCAAGAAUGAUCUCCGAGAUGUCAGGGGGGUAAAGAAAUUGUUAUCAUCUCCAAAAGCACAAAAAAGUCCCAAGAAUGAUCUCCGAGAUGUCAGGGGAGUAAAGAAAAUGUUAUCAUCUCCAAAAGCACAAAAAAGUCCCAAGAAUGAUCUCCGAGAUGUCAGGGGAGUAAAGAAAUUGUUAUCUCCAAAAGCACAAAAAAGUCCCAAGAAUGAUCUACGAGAUGUGAGAGGGGUGAAGAAAUUGCUCUCAUCUCCAAAAUCACAGAAAAGUCCCACGAAUGAUCUCCGAGAUGUCAUGGGUGUGAAAAGAUUACUUUUGACUCAGAAAGAUCCUAAGAACGAUUUAAGGAAUGUGAGUGGCCUAAAUCUAUUGAUGGCUACACCAUCCAAAUGUAGCCCUAAAAUUGAGAAAAUAACUCGAGAUCAAAAACCUACGUUAGCCAACCGAGGUGAAGUAAAAGUAGAUGUAGAAUCUCCUAAAAAUAAUCAAAUCAAGACCGAAUGCGAUGUUCAGCCGACAAAACGGAAGGCUGAAGUGACAAAAGAGGUUCCUGCAAAGAGAAAAGUGAAGCAAGAAAUGAGUUCACCAACUAUUAAACCUCAAGAUAAACAGGUCGUGCAACGAAGAACAAGAAGGAAUGUUAACGAAUUGAAGAACGAGGAAUCCGAAUCGUCAGACUUACAAGUGGAAAGUAAAUCAAGUUCAAGAAAAAAGAGUACAGCAAGAAAAACCAGUAGCAAAUCGCAAGUAAAUGCUGAUGCUGCUGUGACAGCAAAACCUAGAGCAUCCAAGAGGACGACGAAGAAUGUCGCCAAGGAAACUAGAUCAGCAGUAACACAGUCUGGGAAGAAAUCUGCAGAGGCCAGAAGGAGUUCUGGAAGCUCAAAACUCCGAUCAAAUAUGAGAAAACGAAAGUCCAGUGGCGUUCUCGUUGUUUCAGCCAAGAAAGUUCAAUUCAACCCUGAAGUGAAAUCCUCAGGCGGAAAGAGAAAGACCAAAAAGACAGAAAAUAGUGAAGGAGAAAGCCUGUCAGAGAAAGAAACACCUUCGAGAAGUAGACGCUCUACUAAGACAACCACGAAGAGCACUGAAGUGAAACCCACCAGAGGAACGAGAGGUGCUGUUGCUGAGACUAGCAGUGAAGGAACAAGUGGAGCCGCCAAGCCAUUGAAAGCGAAACGCGCAACCAGAACAACUAAGGACAAUGCAGCAACGUGAGACAUCUUUAUAUAUUCAUAUUUCGAUUUAUUUGGAAACAUUUACAACCGAUACGAUUCUAAUUCACAUUCCUACGAGUAUAUUGUGAUCGAAUUUUGGCACUACCUUU